GUUGUCUGGGGCAAAGGAGAUCUUUCAGCAGCAACUCUCGUGCUCGGUUCCAAUGGAUAGGUUCCUGGCAGUUAAGAAUGUCCUAGUUCUAGAUUCUGAAGGAAAGCGUGUUGCGGUCAAGUACUAUUCAGAUGACUGGCCAACAAAUAUAGCCAAAGAAGCUUAUGAGAAGGCCAUAUUUGCCAAAACUCAGAAGAUCAAUGCAAGGACAGAAGUGGAGAUAACUAUGCUUGAGAAUUACAUUGUUGUUUUCAAGUUUACCCAAGAUCUUCAUUUCUUUGUUACUGGAAGUGAAGAUGAAAAUGAUGUUAUCCUGUCCACAGUCCUCCAAGGAUUCUUUGAUGCGGUUGGGGUUCUUCUUAGGGGAAAUGUAGAGAGGAGUGAGGCACUUGAGAAUUUGGAUCUUAUUCUUCUGUGUCUGGAUGAAAUUGUUGAAUGCGGAAUUAUUCUUGAGACCGAUGCAAAUGUUAUUGUUGGAAAAGUUGCAACUAAUGUCUUGGAUUCUGGAG